AACUAUAUUCAAUUUAAUACAUUAUGAAUCAUUUUUAUUAAUGAACGCAUUCUUAAUUUGUCUAUGAAUCCCUCUAUUCUCUUUGGUCCAUUGGACGCUGUUCCUUUUCCGGUUCUGCAUCAAAGCUGUAACCAUGCCGCUCGCAGUGGACCUAUUGCACCCAACUCCCGCCUCGGAGAGAAGGAAGCAUAAAUUGAAGAGGCUGGUGCCCCAUCCUAACUCGUAUUUUAUGGAUGUGAAAUGCCCCGGCUGCUACAAAAUCACGACGGUAUUCAGUCACGCUCAAAGGGUGGUCGUCUGCGCCGGUUGCUCGACGAUCCUCUGCCAGCCCACUGGAGGUCGUGCCAGACUAACUGAAGGAUGUUCGUUUAGGAGAAAACAACACUGAGAAGCCUGGAGAGAGAGCCCUAAUUUAAGAUUUGCAUUUUAUUCCAGUUGUAUGAAGGAGUGGUAUUUUACAAAUUCAUUAAAAUGGAUCCGUUGAAGCAUUACAAAUAAAGGCUUUUUCAAAGGGA